AACUUAUCUCACUGGUAUACAUACGUCACUGUGCCGGGACAUAAACACAUCGAACAUGCACUGGCCACUUGUCAAUGGACUCGUCCAUCUGCUGAUAAUUGUACAACUAGCUGAACAGACCAAAGCAUUACAUUGUCUGAGCUGUACGGAUAUCUUACAACCCCGACUCUGCCACCAGGUGGAGACAUGUUCUGAUGAUGAGGUAUGCGUUGUACAGAAACUGCAGUACAGCAAUGGCGAUAUCAGCUUUAAAGUCGGCUGCGAGUCUGCCCAGGUAUGUCACCAUCAGAGGUCCGUCAGUGUGAUGGGCGUGUCCAACCUAACUAAGAGGCGUGGCACCGCCCCCCUCUGUGUUGAUUGCUGCACAACCGACCUAUGUAAUGCAGAAGGAUGUGGUCAGUCAGGAUACCCUCCGGAAAUUGGCGUGGUGUGCUAUGGGUGUGACAUGACCUACACGUCCGACACGUGCGGUAGACUUGAGUUCUGUACAACAGACGAGAUGUGUGUCAUCCAGGGAAACUGGGAUAUUGUGAAGUAUUACAAAACGGGUUGUCAGAGGAAACACCUAUGUUCGCAAGUGGGAUGGGCAGGCCAGGUUGGGAAGCGCUCCAACUACUGUUAUCGUUGCUGUGAAGACAAUUUAUGUAACAACCGCUGUGACGACAAUCUCACAACCUCCCCGAUAACAACUCCUGUUCAUUCGACUUCGAUCAGCUUACCCCCAAUCACACCAUCGGAAGUGACGUCAGCGUCAACUCCGAACUUUAGCACGUUACAACCACCGAAAGCGUGCGAUGACUUCCCGGAAUGUAUCAACAUGAACCGAACGGCUAUAUGUGCAGACAAGCAUGCAGCAACUGCAUUGUGUCCUCGGGCGUGCGGGCUGUGUCCGUCCACCUGUCGGGAUACGUCCGACCUCUGUGCAUACCUUAAUCAAACCAUCAGUCUUUGCAGUAACCCGGAUAUGGUUAAAUAUGUGGGUUGUUUGUCUACCUGUAGUAUGUGUGAAUCUUUUACACCGACAGUAACGACAGUAUCCCAGCCUGUGUCUGCAAUGACGUACUGUGGUGUUGCGCCUCGUCUCUUAAGGGGCGAUAACAAAGGGGUUGACUUCUACGUGGCAACGUUCUACCUGGCGAAGCUCGACAGCUUCCCACACUCCCAGAAGCCGUAUCUGUCUAUUCUGUAUGAGUACCACUCAGGCAUGUGUGUUAUGACUUACGGCAAAAGAAGCAUAACGCUGUCCCUCGCGUACGGCCAGAAUGUCCUACCCAUCCCCGAGGAGCUUAUUCUGACCGACCCAGGUCUGGCUCAGUUCUCCCAGUCCAGUCGUGAUGUUUACCAUCUAAACAGGGACGUAGAAAUGAAGAUGCUUUAUCUCCACUGCAACCGCACCGUCAACGUUGUUGUCGUGCAGAAAGGUGAGGUAAAUGGACAGGCGUCCGUUUACGAGGCACAUUUGGCCUUCCCAGCCCCACAGUGUUCCACAUCCUUCGUCGUUUCGUCAUACCUUAACCCCAAAUAUGAGUACAACGUCAUCGGCGUCAUCAGUCCUAAGGGAGCUAACGUCUCCUUCCAUAACGACAAAAUCACGACUGCACCUUUUAAUGGAACAGCAACUUUUAACGUGACUUUACAGUCCAACGGUGUGUUCCAGCUGUCAUCUCUUAACGACUUGUCCGGCACGAGGAUUACGUCAUCAACGCCCAUUUGUGUUCUCUCCAGCAACAACUGUCUGUACAACAGGAAGGGCCUCUGUAGUAUGGUGAUCGAGAGCAUACCUCCGGUCGCUGACCUGGAGACGAACUUCGUGGUUCCCGUUCUCAUGCCCAACUACACCAUGUCCAUCAAAAUUGUGGCCGCGCAUGACAACACAUCUGUUACUAUGGCAAUGACCAAUCAGAACGCAAAUACACCUGCUGGGCGAUCGCCACUCCGUGAAGUGGUGGUUUUAAAUAGUGGAAUGUACCUGACACAGGCGCUAACUGCUAUGACGGACCUCACAAUAAUGGCCACCAAAGGAAUUUUGGUAACUCAACUAUUGUUUGGAUACGCGCCAUUCGGGCUACCCGUGCCAGCUGUCACGCAAUAUAAGGACUUAUACCGGUUUGACUCACUUGCUGCCAAGGAAACAUACAUCACUAUUAUCAUAGAGAAUAUGCACAACACCAGUGCUAUGUUCGAGGGCCUCGUUUUGGACGACUCGCCUCUAUCAGAGUCUCUUCUGUCCUAUAAUACGACUUUGGCGUGCUCAGACUAUAGUAUAAUUACGAUGGCGGUUAGCGCGGGAGGGCACCUUAUAAAACAUACCAUGGCGGUUCCCUUCGGUCUGAUCGUACACGGGACCCAAUACGGCUAUCCUGCUGGCAUGAAAUUCAUGUCGACCUCCAAGUGAUACUUAUAUUGACUAACUGAUGAACGAUGGGGUCGUAGCCAUGGAAAUAAUGAAUGCGUAGGCGUGUGUAACAUUGUGUAAUGUAGCUUAUGUUUGUAACAUGGAAGACUUGAAUAAAAAAAGGUGUGUGUCACAA